AUGGAAAACUCAGACUCUGGAAGUGAAAGAGAUGAAUCUGAGGCCCGGAACAGAAGUCAGAUGGACCAAUCGGUUCAGGAAGAAGAUUUCUAUCAAUUUGUGAAUAACCUGAGUAAAGACGAUUACAAGCCUAUGAGGGAUAACGAUUUGCUAGGCGACCCAGGUGAAGAGUUGUAUAGAAGACAUCUACUUAGUAAAGAAAACCUACUGGAAAACUCAGAUGAAAGUACAGAUGAAGGAGACCGUGUGGAUGAUGCAUCGAGCAGUGACUCUUUACUAGACUGGCUGAUGUCAUUCGAAACAACUGAACAUGUGACAGCUGGGCGAAGAGAACAACCGCCUAGGAGGGAAGUGAGCCAGGUUAAUCUACUGAGUGAUUUCAGAUCCAUUUCAGAAAUCAAUGUCAACUUUCCCAAUGAGUGUCCCAAUGAAAAGGAAGAGUACACACCAUCUACAAGGCUUCCCACAGGAAGAAAUAGGAAAAACAGCCAAAGGCGAGUAGAAUGUCCACAAGCUGGGCCAAGAUUUACAAGACCACCUAGAUCAGAGCAAAGCAGAACUAGAGCAUUACUGGAAGUCCCACCUACCAGAGGUCAGAAAAGGGACAGAAGCAGGAGCCCGGACCACAGCAGAACCAGGAACAGAUCUGAAAGCACGCCUCUCCCACGUUUACUCGGCCUGCGUUCACAGAGACCACAGCACAGCCUGUCAUCUCUGAGGAGUGGCUCUGCCAUGGACCAGCUUAACUCUGCCACACGAGCUGAAAAUGUGAGAUCUGGGCAAAGAGAACACCAACCUUGGAGGGAAGUGAGCCAGUUCAAGCCACACAGUGACUUCAGAUGUAGUUCAGAAAUCAAUGUCAACUUUAACAAGGGGGGUCCAAAUGCAAGGGAAGAGUACACACCAUCUACAAGGCUUCCCACAGGAGGAAAUAGGAAAAACAGCCAAAGGCGAGUAGAAUGUCCACAAGCUGAGCCAAGAUUUACAAGACCACCUAGAUCAGAGCAAAGCAGAACUGGAGCAUUACUGGAAGUCCCACCUACCAGAGGUCAGAAAAGGGACAGAAGCAGGAGCCCGGACCACAGCAGAACCAGGGCAAGAUUUGAUAGCACGCCUCUCCCACGUUUACUCGGCCUGCAUUCACAGAGACCGCAGCACAGCCUGUCAUCUCUGAGGAGUGGCUCUGCCAUGGACCAGUUUAACUCUGCCACACGAGCUGAAAAUGUGAGAACUGGGCAAAGAGAACACCAACCUUGGAGGGAAGUGAGCCAGUUCAAGCCACCCAGUGACUUCAGAUCCAGUUCAGAAAUCAAUGUCAACUUUAACAACAGGGGUCCAAAAGCAAGGGAAGAGUACACACCAUCUACAAGGCUUCCCACAGGAGGAAAUAGGAAAAACAGCCAAAGGCAAGUAGAAUGUCCACAAGCUGAGCCAAGAUUUACGAGACCACGUAGAUCAGAGCAAAGCAGAACUGGAGCAUUACUGGAAGUCCCACCUACCAGAGGUCAGCAAACAGCAAGAAGCAGAAGCCAAGACCAGAGCGGAACCAGAGUGAGUACUGAAAGCAGGUCACCUGCACAGUCACUGGGUGAACUUUUGCCAAGGCUCCACCACAGUGCAUCAUCUCUGACUUUUGAGCAGCCUAUGGUACAUGAGACUGAGAGAUUUUCUAGAAUUCAGCACCAUGAAACAUUGAGACAGCAAAUAACUGCACGUGAAUUGCAAAAACGAGUUCUUUUUGCAAAUUCUGAAACAAGGAAUGCCAUACAAGGAGAAUCUUCUCCAGACACAACCAGUGAUGGUCAAUCUUGUCACCUGAGACACAUGUAUCCAACCAUAUCCUUCUAUUCCGAAACAGGACAGGUUCAUCCUGUAGCAUAUUCUGAGAGAGAAAGUGUGACUAGAAGAAGUCAGAUACCAUCUGAGACACCAAAUCAUACCAUCACUUCAGAAAGUGAGCAAGAAGGAUUUGGGCAUAUGUUUUUACAUUAUGAACAGGGAGAUGUGACAGCUUAUGUCAGUACCAUCAGGAUUCCCAUUUAUAGGACUUUAAAUACCAGUUUAAAUGAUACAACAUCUGGUGCAAUUCCAAACAUGUUAAGCCUGGCAAUGACAGAUUUUAGUGACACAAGAAGCCUUCUGGACAGUGACAGUGAUUCAGAGUCUAGUUUCUCAUCACCAAGUCCAAACACGUCAUCCAGUGGAAGUGACAGUUCUCAUGGUAGUAGGGAUUCAAGUUCCAAUUCACUUAGUAGCUGGGAUUACUACCCACCUGUCACAGUGAUUUCUAGUUCAGACUCCAGUUACAUGUCUACUUCCACUUCUAGUCUGAUGUCCAGUUCCAGCUCCAGUGAUGAAAGUUCAGAAACUCUCACAGUGUUGUUUGAAAGCAGUGAUGAAGGUGAUGCUUGGCCUUCCCUUGAUGACCAUCCUACUGGACUCAGUGAAGCACAGAUUGACAACUUGGCUACAAGAUCUUCUGUUAAAGAUGAUACAUUAAAUGAGUGUAGCAUUUGCAUCACAGAGUACAGAGAAGGCAGCCAGCUUCGCAUCCUCCCUUGCUCCCAUGAAUUUCACGUCUGCUGCAUCGAUCGCUGGCUUUCUGACAACUCCACCUGUCCUAUUUGUCGCCGGAAUGUGGUAGAUUCUAGUGAGAGAGGAAAUACUAAUUGA